AUGGGUACAAAUUCUACAUAUAUGUGCUCAGAGCAUUUCCCAUCGGACUCCUUCAAAAGGACAUUGACUAGAAUAAGAAAGCUGAAAGAGGGAACCAUCCCAACUGUGUUCAAAUGGAGCAAGGCAAAAGCAGAAAGACCACCUCCUAAGAGCCGUCCAUUCGUCCUAGAUCAGGAAAAUCAUGUCACAGAGAGGGAAGACAUUGCAGCUCCUUGUGGUAAAGCUGAUUUCCAGCCAGUUCCAAGCCAGGACCAUGACUAUGUGACCGAUCCGGUUCCAGUGACCGAUGCAGAGAAGCUUCAGCUUGCCGAAGAAUAUAUAGCAGUACUUGAAGCUAAGCUUCAUGAACAAAUUAAUACAAGAUUUUGUAUUGAAAGGUUUAUAACUGAUGAGUGUACUUUAAAUAUGUACACUGGUUUUAAGUCAUAUGCAUGUUUGAAAGCUGUAUUUGAAAGUUUAAAGCCAACUGCUACAAUUAUGACACGCUGGAGUCAGGUUCAGCGUAUGCGGGGAGGUGUUGACAGUAGAGAUGAGCCAUUCCGCUGUGAAACACUUCCCCUUAUUGACCAAUUUUUUUUAUUUCUGUGUCGUAUACAAAAAGGUUUUAAUGGACAUGAUCUAGCUAUCUGUUUUGGAGUGUCAACUAGCACAGUUAGUAGAUUACUAAUCACAUUGGUCAACUAUUUGUAUUUCAUGUUGGGAAGCUUGCCCAUUUGGCACCCAGAAGCAGGGUGA